AUGAAAGAUCCCUUUACAAACAUGAGCAAAGGGGACAGGGCGGCCAUGGCGCGCAGCAGGAGCAUCGACAACCAGCUGGACGAAGAGCGGGAACGUAGAGAGAAAGAAGUUCAGAUUCUGAUAUUGGGUAGCCCGGGAGCCGGCAAGAGCACCUUUAUCAAACAGUUCCGCCUCCAUUACGGCGACCAGUUCCCGCCAAGCGAACGACGCAGUUUCCAUGAACAAAUUCUUCAGAAUGUGGCCACGGGACUUGUACAUUUAAUCGAACAAAUGGAUCGUAUGGGUCUCAAGUUCGCUUCGCCACAGAUCCAGCAAUUAGCGACCAAGUUUAGGAAGAAGCACCCCAGGGUCUCUUACGUUACUCUUUUUAAAAAGUUCAAGGAGGCAGACGAGAAGGCUGAAAGAAUAUGCCCAGCAACUACUAGAGCCGAGUUAACGAAACGCAUGUCAUCGCUUGAUGUCUACAAUCCCGAGGUGCCAAACAUAGACGACAUGCAUACACUGUGGGCAGAUCCGGCCAUUCAAAUGUGUUUUGAAAAGAGGCACAAAUUUGAAACUGACAAGCUAGCGCCUAAUGCUGAAUACUUUCUGCUUCACAUAGGCCGUAUUUGCAGCGAAGAUUACCUGCCCAGCGUGCAAGAUAUUUUAUACAUCAGAUGGCCUACUCUUGGCGUUGAAGAGCACAAGUUUCUUGUGGACAGCUUGCUCUAUAGGCUGAUAGACGUGGCAGGUCAGAGAAGUCUGCGAAAGAAGUGGAUUCACUUUUUCGACGAAGUGACGGCAGUGUCUUUCUUCGUUUCCCUGGCAGUAUUUGACGAGUUUCUGGAGAUGGAUCCAACAAUGAACAGUCUCCAAGACAGCUUGCUGGCGUUUAAUGAAGUCAUUCACAGCCACUAUCUGGACAGAACUGACUUCAUCCUGUUUCUCAACAAGAAGGACCUGUUUGUCAGCAAACUGAAAUCUUCUUCGAUAUCGACAUGCUUUCCAGAAUACACUGGUUCCCAGAAUGUGGAAGCAAGUUUGAAAUACAUCAAAGAACAAUUUCGCCAGAACAAGCCGGAGAACAAGCAACUGUACAUACACGUCUGCUGUGCUCUUGACGUGCCCUCAAUGAAGGAGCUUCUAGCAACAUUUAUCGAGUCUAUCCUAGAAAUGAAUGUGAAGAAAUCCAAGACGUAUUAA